CCUGCUGUAGGGAACUGAUUUAGCAGGAGGUUGAACUGGAUGAUUUCCAGAGGUUCCUUCAACCUCUACGAUUCUGUGAUUCUGUGAAAUCUCAAAAUAAGUGCAUUUAAAAAUAUAAACUGAUCUAAGUGAUGGAGUUAGAGUGGGAUCUCAUAUUUCUGCCUGCCCUAUGUUUAAAAUGGUGAAGUAAACGUUGUUUGCUGGUCCCUGCAGGAAGGCAGUCAGACAGAGAUGCUGUAGCACUCGGGUGUGCAUUGUGUGACCUGGAAUGGGGUCCUUGUGACCAGGAGCCCAGGAAGAGACUGAAGAAGCAGCCAAGGCAUGUAGCUCUUUGUCACCAGGGAGGGGAUGCUGUGAAUAAUUUGAAGUCCACCCAUUUUGCCACCCAUGGCCGUCUCUAUCUUCUCUCAGGAUGUUGCUGAGUGCACGUGGACCAGGAAGAGUUUAUGAGGCACUUCUUACUGUAUUUGAAGACCGGAAUGUCCCCAGAGAGAGCAAAGCAUAUAAAAAAGGGGAAGCCGUGGUGCAAUCGAUCAGUUGGUCGCUUGUUGGUCCUGUGGACGCAGCUGAGAUGAUGGCCACUUGCUUGCUCCUCUCCAGCCUCUGGGCCCUCGCCUCAGGCUCUGUGCAGGUGAUGCACAAAAAGGUGCAGUCGGUCCAGGCAGGCGGAAAUAUUACUUUCUCAUGCCAGUCAGUCACGAACGAAGAUGUAAUACAAGUGACCUGGCAGAAGGAGAUGGAUGGGGCUGAAGACAACAUAGCAACUUACAGUACAAUGAAUGGCCAAAAGAUAGCAAAGGGCUACGAAGGCCACGUGAGCUUUGCCCACAGCAGCCUGCAAGCCUCAGCCAUCUCCCUUCACCGAGUCACCCUGCAAGACGAAGGAUGCUACAAGUGCAUCUUCAACACCUUUCCCUCGGGAGCUGUCACUGGCAGGAUGUGCCUCAAGGUUUACGCUAUCUCAGACCCCAAAGUAGAAGCCAAGCUUAUACCCAGUCCUGACAAAGCUGAAGUCUCUGAGGUAGUGGUGGGGAUGAGCUGCUCAGCAACAGGGAAGCCAGCUCCAAAAAUCACCUGGCACCUUCCUAGCACCCUGCUGCAGAAACCAAAGGAGUACCACAUCAAGCUCAACAACCAGACCAUCACUGUCAUCAGCAACUUCACCCAUGCCCACUCCAAAAUCCUCAAGGAGUACCCCAUUGCCUGUGUGAUCCAGCACCCAUCACUAAAUGUGACCCUGUCCCUGCCCAUGGACAAUCUGACACAAGGUCAGGACAGUAUCAUGGCACCAACCGUGGCCAUUGUUGUGGGGGUGCUGGUCCCUCUGAUAUUCCUUCUCGUCUUCGUGUUGCUCCUUUGCUGCUGCCAGAGACACCUUCGUGAUCCAGAGAGAAACCCAGCGUGGCCUUGCUGGGUAGGUCUGUGUUCCCUCGCCGAGGAACAGCAAAGUUCAGAUGGGAACCAUACCUUAUACCACUCUUCUGCUUGGCUAGGCCAUGCUUUCAAGGAUGUGUUUUGAACAGGAGGGGGGAUCUUGAAGAGAAGCAUGCCACAGUGCAUUGCUCAGGAUGGGAAAUGCAGCCACAUGUGACCCUACUGGGUUCUGUGAAGGAUGACAGUUCUAAACCAGAGCAGACCCAGUUGGAUGCUGCCACGUGACUAAGUCCUGUUUUGUGCUGAUGGCACCUCAGCCUCUCUGCAGAAUAUGCCUGAGGCAUGCACCUUUGCCUUUAAUUAAUGUUGUGGAGAAAAAAUAAGGCAGUGGCAGGAAGUACAAUGCAUUUCUUCCACUGAUGCUAUUUUUCUAAAUCCAAGCUGAGGUCUACUAAGGGAGCUGCAACGGGAAAGGCCCUGUCUACCGUGCUUGAGCACCGACAGACACAAAGCCCCAUUUGGUAUUGCAAGCAGCCCAAGUCUGAACCCCUGCACUUAAAACAUACAUAUAUUUUUCAAAAAGUGAAAUAAAACAUCUCUUCUGCUAGGUCCUUGCUGUUUGUGCCAAGGAGAGAGCAUGUGGACAGUACAUGCUUACUGGCAAGCGGGCUACCGCUGCAGUGCCCAACACAUGAGCUCCUGCAUGCCCUACAUGUGGACAUCUUGGACUGUCACGUAGACCUGCUGUGACAUCACACCAAAGGAAAUAGAGGGGGAAAAAAAGAAUGUUAUGAUACGUAUUUAUUUUCUUAGACAACUUCAUUCCGUUUUGUAGGAGAAAAGCUGUGAAUUAUUUAUUUAAGACUCUAAGACUGUUGGCUUGGCUGCGUGGGUCUGUAAUGCAACUUGUGGUUGGCAUUUUCUGUGCUGUAUUUAUUCUUUUCCCAUCUUUCAACAUCCCAGGCUCCAAGCGGAAUAAGGGUUUCCUGAGGCAGUGUGGUAUUUUGUGGAGCAGUGAUUUAGGAGGUGCUGCUUCAGGUAGAGGGAAGCAGCAAGUGUGUGGAACCUGCUGACAUUACUGAGAGCUGCCAGGAACCUUCUCCCCAGCGGGCAUGGGAGAUGGAGCAUGUCUGCAGCUGGAUCAGACUUGUAACCCUGUCGGCAGACUCCAAGCCAUCAGACACCAGAAAGUUACCACCCUUUCCUAGAAAGUUUUUUAAAGGCAAAGUGAAGUUUCCUUCUCCUUCAAUGGUUUCCACGGCCAAUUUUUCAUUUCCUUAAUCUAACACAGUUGCCUCCUGUUUCCACAUAAUCACACCUGCCUGGGGGGAAGAGGUGGAGGAAUUUAAGGAGUGUUCGGAAGGGUAUUAGGCAGAGCAGUCCUCCCUUUACUCCUGUCCUCCUGGCUCCAUGCAGCAAUUGUAUGCUAUCUGGUUUUUCCCUUGCACAUCUACUUCAUGUGUACUUCCCAGAUGAAGCAGGUUGUGUGGAGGCCGACAAGCUGAGUCAAGUGAAAUGAAAGAGAGUGGGUGAGCUGAGAAUGAAUAAACCCACUUCUUGUCAUAAAAAGCUUUUAUAGAAUCCCUAAUGCUUAGUAAUAGCUGAUCUGAUGAUUGCAAGGAAAGGGGAACCAGCUACAGACCAGCAGCUCUUGCAAUUGGGAAUUUUUCUUUUGAGCCCCAUAACUGUCAAAGGAGGAAACCUGAUUUUUUCCAAACUUCCCCACAACUGCAAUUUAAGUUUCCUCCACACCUGUAUGGAAAGGGGCAAGGAAGUGAAGCAGACCUUCCCAGAGAGUAUUUUGUAUCCAAUGGGUUGCAGGCAAAAGAGCACUACUCCAGGGUUCUUGGGCUGUGUUGUAUCAGAGCUCUCUGCUCAAUACGGUCCACACUUGGCCUUCAGGGGUUGGGUUGUUUUUUUUCUAAGAAUUGUUAAGGUUGUUUUUAAGAGAAGAUACUACAAAUAUUUGGAUUGCUGGGCUUUUAUUUCUUUUUAAAUUUUUUAUUAUUUUAUUUUUCUUUUUUAUUUAUUUUUAAAUAAAAUAAAGGGAAAAAAGAGAAAGAUCUAUUGCAGACAUGGGGAGUCUGGACAUGGGAAUGAAAAAAAUUUUCAGAAAGACGAUGAAAAGGCACAAAGCUAACAAGAAACCCUUAUUAAGCAUAUGGAGAAAUAUGUUUUUGUUUUUUACAAGUUGAUCUAGAAUGGGAAAAGAACAGAGUUUGAAGUAAAGAAAAGGCCUGCUUAUGUGUGUUUCUGACUUUUGCUCUUUAGCCGAAUGUUGAAUUGUGAAGGGCUUUUGUAUGUUCUCCUUACUGGUGCAACAGAACUAGAGGCUGAAUGAAAAGGGAGGAUGUAGAGGCAUGAUACUCUGCAAAAAAAAAGCAUGUUAUUCAUCUAUUUGUUUUUUACAGCAUUGGGAUGAGAACACCAAAACGAACGAGAAAGGUAGAACAUUUAAAACCAGUACACAUAUUUGCCUUCAUAAUAUACAAAUCCAUCAGCUGAAAUACAGCACCAUAAAAUACUGUAUGCUACUGUUAUUGUGUUUGGCUUCAUGUAGCAAAGAGCUAAAUGCAGGCAUCCAGGCGAUGUACAAUGAACAAUGUCAGAUGUGAAAAGGACUAUAAAAUAGAUAGAAACCACCUUUGAGAGAACAAACAAGCAUGUGACUGGAGGAGAUGAGGGUUUUACUGUGGGUGACUAAGAUCCUAACUGUUGUUUUGAGGUUUCUUUACGAUUAUCUUGUGCUUAUGUCGUUUGUCAAGUUAUCUCUGUGAACAAUUUCAUAGUUAAACUCCAGUGCUUCAGACGGGUUUAUUCAUAUCUUUAGUAUUUGUUUUAAUAAACAGCAUGUAGAGUAUGAAAUGCUGCAAAUUUCAAUUGGUUUAGAGAAACAAAAAUAAAGCUCGUCACAACUUCAA